AUGGCACCUUGUGCGUCUGUUGUUAAUCUUCCAGUCGGUUUUAAAUUUCGUCCAAGAGAUGAUCAGUUAUUGGGAUAUUAUCUUCUUAACAAGGUUCGUGGCACAUCCUUUAUGUAUGAAAAUGUUAUUCCAGAAAUGGAUCUUUAUGGUAAGAUAGAGCCAUGGGAUAUAUGGCAUGAAUAUGGCGGACACAACUUAGCCAAAGCUGAAGACCUUUAUUUCUUCACCAAAUUGAAGAGCCUGAGUGACAAGGACUCCCGCGUGGCUCGCACAAUAGGGUCCGGGACAUGGAAAGGUGAGAACUCAGGGACCACAGUCAGUGAUCCGAAGAAUGAGGAGAACGAUUUAGGUAUAUGGAAAAGGUUUCAUUAUGAAAACCCUAAAUCUGUUCAAGACGGUUGCUGGAUUAUGCACGAGUACAACCUUCACCCUUCAUUGGUGAAUCCAACCAAUCAGUUUGUGCUGUGCCGGAUUCGAAAGAAUGACAAGGGGAAGAGAAAGUUGAGAACUGCAGAAGAGGAUAAUGAAACUGACACUCCAGUACAAUCUCAAAAUAAGAGGCAAAGGCCGCAACAAGUGACUAGCUUUGAGAAACUUAUUGGUAAUUGCACUCCCAUGUCUGAGGCUACCGGAGUUGGUGGGAGUGUUUCAUACUUGCCAACUGAACUCACUCAAUCUCAGCAGGACAGCUCUUUUGCAUACCCAACAACUGUGGUCUCUUCCCAAGCUAGGAUAAACUAUACUGAUGACGUCAGCCAAUUUCAUGGUGGCGGUGAUGGCGAUGCCCUAAUGAGCGAUUUCUCACAUUUGGACACCGCACAACCAUUCACGGAACAAGCCAAUGCGCUCGACUUCUCGAUUGAUUAUGAGUUACUCAUCCACUUGAUCAACUGUGAUGAUGGUCCGCCGCAAUCUUCCACAGCACAGUUUAUGGGAAUGGAGAACACUACUACUGCAAGUAGUGAAGCUAAUAUGGUCAUCAUAGAUUGA